GGGAGAGAAAAGGAAAAGGGAUUGAGGUACAAGAGUACACAGGGACAGUCUAAGAUCGGGCAGCGCGGCAGCUACCUUCCUCUGGUGUAUGCUGGACUCCCCCAUGGAUAUGACACCCUGUUUCUGAUUUGGACUAAUAACUAUCCACUUUGAUUUAUUCUUAUCUGUGUGCCAUCUUCACUAUUUCCCAUCGGAUCCUGCGAGUAACCCUGCACACAUGUUAGUCCACGCGUACUCUGCUAUGGACCGCUCUGACCUGAAUGGAGCAGCCAGUGGUGGUCGAUUGUCCCAGCUCUCCUCACUCAACCAAGGGGCAUACUCCUCGGCUCCCCCACUCUGUCACACCCCAGUAUCUGACUUCCAGCCCCCAUACUUCCCACCCCCGUACCCCCAACCUCCCUUAUCUUACUCCCAGAGCCAGGAACCUGGGUAUCCCCACCUGGGAGACCCCUACACCGGCAUAAACCCCAUCCACCAGCAGACGGCAUGGCACACUCAGAGGAGCAGACAGGAGGAGGCCGGGCUGCUCUCUCAGGCACACAGGGGGCUCAGUCUGGACCCACGCAGAGACUAUGUUCCCCGUCUCCUGUCCGGGUUGGGAGAUGGUGGGCACAGCCUGGCAGAGAGUGCCCUGUCUAUGCAUGCACUUUCUCACCACAACAUAGAGGACAUGCAGGUGCUGGAUGAAUCUGGUGUCAGUUUACUGGAUCAGUCUGUGAUCAAGAAAGUUCCCAUUCCAUCCAAGAACAAUGGCAGCAUGAUGUCUUCUCUAUCUAUGAAUAAAGAAAGCCUCAUAGGAGGAGUAACAAAUCCAAAUGAGGUUUUCUGUUCUGUCCCCGGACGCUUAUCUCUGCUCAGCUCCACUUCCAAGUACAAGGUGACAGUGGGAGAAGUCCAGAGGCGCCUGUCACCCCCUGAGUGUCUUAAUGCAUCUCUCCUUGGCGGGGUCUUACGAAGGGCAAAAUCAAAGAACGGUGGUCGUUGUCUCCGAGAGAGGUUGGAAAAAAUUGGUUUGAACCUGCCUGCUGGGAGACGUAAAGCUGCCAAUGUGACUCUACUAACAUCUCUAGUGGAGGGUGAGGCUGUCCAUCUCGCCCGAGACUUUGGCUAUGUUUGUGAGACUGAGUUCCCAGCUAAAGCGGCAGCAGAAUACUUUUGUCGGCAGCACUCUGACCCUACAGAGCUCCAUACGAGAAAGAACAUGCUGCUUGCUACCAAGCAGAUUUGCAAGGAGUUUGCGGACUUGUUGGCCCAGGAUCGCUCUCCUUUGGGAAACAGUCGUCCGUCUCUUAUCCUGGAGCCAGGUGUACAGAGUUGCCUGACUCACUUCAGCCUAAUCACUCAUGGAUUUGGAGGUCCAGCCAUAUGUGCAGCACUUACUGCUUUCCAGAACUACCUACUUGAGUCUCUUAAAGGAAUGGACAAGAUCUUCAUGAGCAGUACAGGGAAUGGACAUUCAAUAGGGGAAUCCAAACCAUCAGAGAAAGAUAAUAAACAUAGGAAAUAGCCCCAGCCAUGUUGGUGGCUGAGAAGGGAAAGAUGAUUGCUUGACAACCAUGAGAGACUUGUCCAAUGGUGAAACCUAGACCAUCACACCUGCAUGUUUUCAGUAUAUGGCGUUAAAAACAAACUAACUAAUAAACCUUGACAGAAGAAAUGGUAUCAAAUAGAGUGAGGGAAAAACACACAGAAGAAGAUAUAAUCACUGUAUGGUUACUUGCUGACGAUGCAUUUUAUGCCAGUGUUUAGCAGUAAAACAGCAUGUAACUCAGACUACUAGUUAGAUUGUGCAGCAUUUUCAUGAUGUAUCACAUUAACAGUAAUUAUAUCUCUUCUACAAAACAGCAAACUUAUUAGAACUGAAGGGAACACAACCAAAAGUGGAACAUCCAUACAUCCAUCAUAUGGCAUAUCCAAACAACAGAAUAGUCCAGACAAUUGGAGGCAAUUAAGAUGGAGCAAGUUUAUGUUAGCGUGGCGCUAGUUGUAUGCACCAAGUUAACAUUCACAGUUAUGAUUGUGUGGAGGCAAACAUUGUGAUCAUGUCAUCAUUUGUCACAUUCACCACUUGUCUACAUUAAAUGUGCUCUAUUUAUACAAGUACUGAACACAUUAGCUUCUCAACUGAAGCAACUUAUAGGUUUGAUUAAGAACUAAGCAGCACAGAGCAUACCGUCUCAGCCAGACCCUCUGUGUCCAUGUGUUAGUGGCCAAACAAUUACAUAAACUUCAACAGCAGCAUAAAGUACUGACAGGAUACUCCUGGUGUUCUAAGAUUGUGGGCCAAACAUACUCCUGUAUCAUACUUGCCUACCUGAUCCUCUCCAUGAGGGAGAAAAUGCUCUGUUC